CCGCCACCAAGCCACAACGGCUCACAACUCUGGCUAGCGCGCAGGGCAUCUGCAGGAGCCUCCCUUCAAUCCCACUUCUGCGGGGCCAUUACUGCCGUGAGUGAGCCCAGCGGGAGAACCUCGGGGGGCUGCUAAGGGCUCAUGAUUCCUGAACUUUGCCUCCUACCGAUAAGUGGGUAGAGCCAGCCUGGACACCUGGGUCCCUCCUCGGGCCGCAGUUUCCAACAGGCGACGGGCCCACAUGACCUCAGUCUCUCCCUUCGGACAAAUAGCUGUCGGGCCGGACGCUGGGGGCGGAUGCAGAGUAUUCCAGACUCCGGAAGGCCACGUUCAGAUGGGCUUGGUGGCAUGGCCUCACUGCCCGAUCCUUCCUUAGGUAGGAGCUGAUGCCCCAGGACUCUCAGGAGUCCUCCCGCCAUCGCCGCCGUCGGAGCCACCGGGGCAGUAAUAGCCUCGAGGCCUCCGCUACCGCCGCCAUGUACACCUUCCUGCCGGACAACUUCUCACCCUCCAAACCCAAACCUUCCAAAGAUCUGAAACCGCUGGUGGGCUCCGCUGUGCUGGGGCUGCUGCUGGUGCUGGCCGCAGUUGUGGCCUGGUGCUACUACAGUGCUUCUUUACGCAAGGCAGAACGAUUGCGCGCUGAGCUGCUGGAUCUCAACCGCGGCGGCUUCUCCAUCCGCAACCAGAAGGGUGAGCAAGUCUUCCGCCUGGCUUUUCGCUCAGGUGCGUUAGACCUCGAUUCUUGCAGCCGCGAUGGCGCUCUGCUCGGCUGCUCGCGCACGGCAGAUGGGCGUCCGCUGCACUUCUUCAUCCAGACUGUUCGACCCAAGGACACAGUCAUGUGCUACCGCGUUCGCUGGGAGGAGGCGGCAGCAGGGCGCGCUGUGGAGCAUGCCAUGUUCCUGGGCGACUCAGCGGCGCAUUGGUAUGGCGGCGCUGAGAUGAGGACACAGCACUGGCCCAUCCGCCUGGACGGCCAGCAAGAGCCGCAGCCUUUCGUCACUAGUGAUGUCUACUCCUCUGACGCCGCCUUCGGAGGUAUCCUUGAGCGCUACUGGCUAUCGUCGCGCGCAGCGGCCAUUAAAGUCAACGAUUCAGUGCCCUUCCACCUGGGCUGGAACAGCACGGAGCGCUCGCUGCGGCUGCAGUCGCGCUACCACGACACUCCCUACAAGCCGCCUGCCGGCCGCGCCGCUGCGCCGGAGCUCAGCUACCGCGUGUGCGUCGGCUCAGACGUCACCUCUAUCCACAAGUACAUGGUGCGGCGCUACUUCAACAAGCCGUCGAGGGUGCCAGCGCCAGAGGCCUUCCGGGACCCGAUCUGGUCCACGUGGGCGCUGUACGGGCGCGGUGUGGAUCAGGACAAGGUGCUGCAGUUCGCUCAACAGAUUCGCCAGCACCGGUUCAACAGCAGCCACCUGGAAAUCGACGACAUGUACACGUCUGCCUACGGCGACUUCGACUUUGACGAGGUCAAAUUCCCCAACGCCAGCGACAUGUUCCGCCGCCUGCGCGACGCCGGCUUCCGCGUCACGCUCUGGGUGCACCCGUUCGUCAAUUACAACUCGUCGCGCUUCGGUGAGGGCGUGGAGCGCGAGCUGUUCGUGCGCGAGCCUACGGGCCGGCUGCCUGCUCUGGUGCGCUGGUGGAACGGCAUCGGCGCGGUGCUCGACUUCACGCGACCGGAGGCCCGCGACUGGUUCCAGGGCCACCUGCGGCGGCUGCGCUCGCGCUACGCGGUAUCCUCCUUCAAGUUCGACGCGGGCGAGGUCAGCUACCUCCCGCGGGACUUCAGUACGUACAGGCCGCUGCCCGACCCCAGCGUGUGGAGCCGGCGCUACACCGAGAUGGCGCUGCCAUUCUUCUCGCUAGCCGAGGUCCGCGUGGGAUACCAGUCGCAGAACAUCUCGUGUUUCUUCCGCCUGGUGGACCGUGACUCGGUGUGGGGCUACGAUCUGGGGCUGCGCUCGCUCAUUCCUGCUGUGCUCACGGUCAGCAUGCUGGGCUACCCAUUCAUCCUGCCUGACAUGGUAGGCGGUAACGCGGUGCCCGAGCGCAUGGCUGGCGGCGGCGAUGUGCCGGAGCGCGAGCUCUACGUUCGCUGGCUGGAGGUGGCCGCCUUCAUGCCCGCCAUGCAGUUCUCCAUCCCACCCUGGCGCUACGACGCCGAGGUGGUGGCCAUUGCGCACAAAUUUGCCGCCCUGCGGGCCUCGCUUGUAGCGCCGCUAUUGCUUGAGUUGGCCGGUGAAGUCACCGACACGGGCGACCCCAUCGUGCGACCCCUCUGGUGGAUAGCGCCCGGAGAUGAGACGGCGCACCGCAUCGACUCUCAGUUCCUUAUCGGGGAUACGUUGCUCGUGGCGCCAGUGCUGGAGCCCGGCAAACAGGAGCGCGACGUCUACCUGCCUGCUGGCAAGUGGCGCAGCUACAAGGGCGAGCUUUUUGACAAGACACCGGUGCUUCUCACCGACUACCCCGUCGACCUGGAUGAGGUCGCCUACUUUACUUGGGCGUCCUGACCGGCCCAGGCCCCAGGAACCCCACAACCCUAUCCCUGGCCUGCCUUCAGGUCCUUAACCCUCCGUCAUACCCGCACUGUGUACCCGCAGCAAGCCCUACCUUUGUGCCACCCACUAAGUGGGUGCUGACAGUAAAUGUGCUCAAGACAGCUCCUGUGGGGCCUGGGGAGGGGGCGCUGAAGCAAAUGCCCACUCCAACACACAAUCCUAUCACCCCACCCUUCUCAUUCUCAUUUUUCACAUUCAUCUGCAGAAACCUCUUCACUAGAAUGGGGGUGAGAGAGCUGAGGGGAAAAAGUUCAGCUCUCUUCCUGUUACACAUGGUUGGGUUUUAAAAGCACAAAGAGAAAUCUCUCCCUCUGCCCUGGCCUGAGUGGCCAUCUUUGUCCUUCUGAGGUGGGGGCUUGAUCCCCUUUGAAGUCCUAAAAUAGCCCCCUGCUACACUUAGCUCACAUUCUUGGAGC